CCGAAAGACACCAUUUUAAACUUCAUGAUAAAAGAGUUCUUCAGUGAGUUAUCAUUUUUUUUCAGAUUGACUGAUUGUUGUGGGUUUAAAUUUUAAGUUAAAUAAUGCCUGACCAUUUAGGAGCUGAUCAGAGAAAAACUAAAGAUGAUAAAGACGAAGAUAAACCCAUUCAAGCUUUGGAUGAAGGGGACAUUGCAUUACUGAAAACAUAUGGAGUAGGACAGUACAGUAAAGCCAUUAAAGGUGUAGAGGAAGACAUUCAAAAUGGGGUCAAGAAGGUUAAUGAAUUAGCAGGAAUCAAGGAGUCCGACACAGGAUUAGCCCCACCUGCUCUAUGGGAUUUAGCUGCAGACAAACAGACUCUCCAAAGUGAACAGCCUCUUCAGGUAGCCAGAUGCACAAAAAUUAUAAAUGCAGACUCUGAUGACCCUAAAUACAUCAUCAAUGUGAAGCAGUUUGCCAAGUUUGUGGUUGAUCUUGGAGACCAGGUAGCCCCAACCGACAUAGAGGAGGGGAUGCGAGUCGGAGUUGACAGAAACAAGUACCAGAUUCACAUACCCCUACCCCCAAAGAUUGACCCCUCAGUAACCAUGAUGCAGGUCGAGGAGAAACCUGAUGUAACUUACAGUGAUGUUGGGGGCUGUAAAGAGCAGAUUGAAAAGCUGAGGGAGGUAGUGGAAACUCCACUGCUACAUCCUGAACGUUUUGUCAACCUUGGUAUUGAACCUCCAAAGGGUGUUUUACUGUUUGGACCCCCAGGAACAGGGAAAACAUUGUGUGCCAGAGCUGUAGCUAAUCGUACAGAUGCCUGCUUCAUUCGAGUCAUUGGUUCUGAACUUGUACAGAAAUAUGUUGGAGAGGGAGCUAGGAUGGUAAGAGAGCUGUUUGAAAUGGCCAGAAACAAGAAAGCCUGUAUUAUUUUCUUCGAUGAAAUUGAUGCAGUAGGAGGUGCCCGAUUUGAUGAUGGGGCUGGUGGAGACAAUGAAGUCCAGAGGACAAUGUUGGAGUUAAUUAAUCAGUUGGACGGUUUUGAUCCCCGUGGUAAUAUCAAGGUUCUCAUGGCAACCAACAGACCAGACACCCUGGACCCUGCAUUGAUGAGGCCAGGCCGACUGGACAGGAAGAUCGAGUUUGGUCUGCCAGACUUAGAGGGAAGAUCUCACAUAUUUAAAAUCCAUGCCAGAAGCAUGAGUGUAGAAAAAGACAUCAGAUACGAAUUACUUGCUAGGCUUUGUCCAAACAGCACAGGUGCUGAGAUUCGCAGUGUGUGUACUGAAGCCGGCAUGUUCGCCAUCAGAGCUAGGAGGAAAAUGGCCACUGAAAAAGACUUUUUAGAAGCUGUGAACAAAGUGAUUAAGGCCUAUGCUAAAUUUAGUUCCACUCCCAGAUAUAUGACCUACAACUAGACAAUUAAACAGGAGUUUUACUUUCCACGUGACGUAAAACAUUUGUGUAACAGAAACACUUGACAUUUCAUUAACAACCACUUAAAUCAGCCAAUAAAUGAAACAAUUAUUACGUAAUCUAUUUGCAUGUUUUCUUUCACAAUCAUUUUGCAUUAUCUGCAAACUUGAACCCACAGGCAAUUGUAUCGCUUGGGGUUGAAUUUACCAUUAAAAAGUAUAUGCAUC